AUUACGUCAUACGGAAUGAGAAUAUGCACCACAUAUACGCAACUAACCUAACCUAACUUCAACCGUACAGUGAUCGUACAUGUGAAUGUCAGACGACAAAUUGACGUUGACACAAUGCGUUUGAGACAAAUCUGCAAUGUCGUCAGUCAUCGAAGCGUUGGAUUUCAAAUUGUCUGCGCGAGACGGUUCUUCGCCACAGAAUCGACGAAGUCAAAGGAUGAGGUUGUCGACAUAACCUCUGCCGACGAGAAGCCAAUCUUUGACAAAGUGGAUAAUGAACAGCUUCGAGAAGAGAUCGCCAGGAAGCGGAACAAAUCCCGGCUCAACCAAUCGCACAGGAACAUCCUCAUGGACCUGCGCCCUUAUGACACUGCACACGACUGGUAUCACAACACAGUGAAGUACAAGAAGCGUAUACUAGGUAGGUAUGGGUUGAAAGCCAUUGACGAGCCAGCAGGAUUCGUUUGGCCGACCAUGGAAGAGGUCGAAGAUGCUCAGGAAUAUGAGAGAGUCAUGUUUCCAUUGUCCCUUCAGGAAAGGUGGAAGGAGAUAGAAGAGGCACGUAAGCAAAAGGCUGUACAGAUGAUGAAAAGAGAAAAUGAAAUACUCGCAAAACUGGCAAAGAUGGAUCAAUGGACAGCAGAAUUAAACGCAAAGAUUGAGAAGAAGAAAACUGAUAUGCAGAAUGCAAGAAUACGCAAGGAACGUUUGGUGGAGGAAGUUAGGAGACACUUUGGCUUUAACAUCUCACCUUAUGACAACAGAUUUAAGGAGAUGCUGGAGCAAAAAGAGAAAGAGGAAAAGAAGAAAAAGAAGGAGGCUAAGAAGAAAGCAAGGAGUGACAGAUUGGCGCUCAUGGUGCAUAAACAGGUACAAGAAUUUGGAGAAGAAACAACCAAGAAAGAAGAUGAUCAAGAUUCCAAGAAGUCGACAGAAUAGUAACUUAAGGUAUAACGUAAAAUGUAUCUUAAUCAUAGUUAAUAAAGACGCAAUUUAUCAGUUCC